AACAGCAGGCAGGACUGGGUGGAGACGUUCGGGGAUGUGGCAACUGGAGUUUCUUCUCCGUAUAUUUCGGCAUUCAGUUCCUUUUUUUUUUUUUAACUCAGGAAAAAAUGUCAAUUGCGUUUAGUAUUUUGAAAGCCACUUUAUUGCUUCCCGAGCCUCAGUCAUGUGUGGUGGGAGGCUGCUGCGGGUGGCACCUGGGGCGUCCACGGCCGCCAAGGCGGGGGUACGUCAGGCCCUGCUUGGUCCCACCCCUUCCAGGUGCCUGUUUGAGAGCUCCCGGGCACGCCCGUCCUUGGCUCUUCGUCCUCUUGGUUUUCUUCCCUGUUGCUUCAAAUCAGGUUCCUGUCUCAAAAAUCCGAAAAAGAAAUCCUCCCAAAUGACUCUGUGCCCGACGCUCCGUUAAGGCAUCGUGCUAGGCGUUCUCAAACUCGUGAAACGACUACACUGCACAGGUUAACCUCAUUGCUUCUCUUCCCCUUGCCUCCUAAUUCUCUGGUUAAACUUCCGCCCCCGAGGUUUCUAGAAAUCCUUGAGCUAGAAUGCGCUGCCUUCAUUAAGAGGGUGUUCUGCUUCCGUCUGCUCACAUUCAUCUAGUAAGCCCUCUCGUUAAAGAGGAGGCAGCGCACCGAGGCCUGUCUAGAUCUUUCAUUCAACCAAUAGUGAAUGUCUAAUCUACAAGAAACUGGAGCCGUGGCAGUUUAGGAGCCUGCCAAGGUUGCAUCCCUGGGAGCUUAUUUUCUUUUGUGGGAGACAGGAAAAGAACAAGUGAAUCAACUGUGAAAUUAAAUAAUUCAAACUUAAAGCUGUUAGAACUUUAAAUUAUUCUGAGCCUUGCGAAGAAUGUGGCUAUGGGGCCUGAGUCCCAUGGCAUACAGCUGCAAUGUCUGCCUUGUUUUUUCCUAUCAUCAGGAAGACCAAACAGAGACAGAGUUCUGGUUAAAUCACACAAGUCCCUGGCAUGAGACCAAGAAGUCACAGAGCCCAGGUCUUAGCCCUCAGAGUGUGAGAGAAGACAUGAAGGCAUCAGGGACACUGUGCGAGUGGGCGCUGCUGCUUUCCACUGCUCUCCCUAGACUGCAGCCAGGAGGCAGGCUGCCUUUGCCCUGCCAGGUGCACACACCAAGAAAGGCCAUGUGGGCACACAGCAAGAUGGUGCGUGUCUGCAAACUAGGAAAAGAGCCCUCACCAGGAACUGAAACAGCUGGCACCUUGAAGUUGGACUUUCCAGCCUCCACAAUUGUGAGAGGUAAAUUUCUGUUGUUUAAACCACCUAGUCUAUGAUAUUUUGUUAUGGCAGCCCAAGCAAACACCAACAUUUGCCAAUUUUGAUUUAUUUUUUUACAUAUAUGAUGUAAAAAGUAAUCUUUACAAAGUAUCAUAUGUCUCAUUAUUUCAUGCAGAAAUUGGUGACCAAAUCAAGGGGAAAAAUAAAGAGAUCCCAAAUAAUACAUGCAAAUGAAAUGGUUUCUUUAUA